UCCUUGCCGAACACAACGGUCAUAUUCCUCUCGGGCUCUCGGCUUUCGCCCUCCCCACGACUCCCACGCGCCGCGCCGCGCCGCAUUGCUUUACGCCGUUUCCUCCUCCGGCGAGGAAGGGGAGCGCUCUCGGCUUUCGCCCUCCCCACGCCUCCCACGCCCCGCCCCGCAUCGCUUUACGCCGUUUCCUUCUCCGGCCAUCAGAAGCGGCGGGGGCAGCGGAGGCAAUCGGCGGGUCCUCUUCAAGCGCGUAUUGCCAAAUAGCACACCCGUGAUUCAGAGGUUGCCAUGACCUUCCCGACUGUUGGUUGAUCUGGUAAUGUCAUAUAUUGUCAAUCAAGGUCAUGAUCUUAUUAGGGAUAUUUCGCUUGUGAUUACUCUUUCUAUUAUCGAGUUGUAGUUUGUUGUUACUGCUUUCAGGGCCCAAAGCUUUGCAAUUGGUGUACCAAGGACAAGAAGACAUGGCCUUGGUCACAUGAAGCUUGAUCUUUGUGUACAAUGACACGCUGACACCUCGCGCAGUCUUGUGUAGUUGUAUAAAAUAUCUGUCCGUCAGUACAGUGCUUGAAGUGAAUAAGCAGAGAUGUCGGUGCCAACGUAUAAGAAGCAAAACUCUAUGGGCACUCCUGUCCACAAGACAAAUCCCUUUGAUUCCGAUUCUGAUUCUGAAGUGCCCUCAAAGCCAUCGAGAGCCCAGUCUGUCCCAGUGCAACACACUGAUCAAUCUGUGCAAGAGUUGGAAGAUUAUGCUAUAGCCAAAGCACAAGAAACCACGCACAAAGUAAAUGAUUGUGUAAGGGCUGCUGAAGCCAUUAGGGAAGAUGCUACACAAACUCUGCAAACUUUGCACCGUCAAGGUGAGCAGAUCAUGCGGUCGCAUCAACUAGCAGCUGAUAUUGAGAGGGACCUUACUGUGAGUGAGAAGCUCCUGGGAAGCCUGGGUGGGCUAUUUUCUAAGGCAUGGAGGCCAAAGAGAAAUCAACAGAUAAAAGGACCAGUCUCAGAAAUUAACUGGUCUGCAAGGACGACAAACCAUACAGAACAGAGUUGGAGGCUAGGCGUUGCCCCAACACGUCAAGAAUCCCCCAGUCCUGUACAAACCACACCUGCAACUGCGAUGGGAAAAAUUCAGGCUGAGAAAUCAAAGCAGGAUGACGCGCUUUCUGACCUGAGUAACACAUUGGGACAGCUCAAGGAAAUGGCAGUUGAUAUGGGCACAGAAAUUGACAGGCAAAACAAAGCUCUGGUUCCUUUCAGUGAUGAUGUUGAUGAACUGAAUUUCCGACUGAAAGGUGCGAAUCAACGGGGAUGCCGGUUGCUGGGCAAGUGAUACCAAACCAGGAAGCCAUCAAUGCUCAAAGGCGACGACGGCCUUACCAUAGUGGUGUAGUUCGGGGACCCUCUUCCUGCACUGAGAGAUUAAGAACCUUGUUGUAAUACUUUUUUUAGAGCAAAUAGAAAAUUCCUUGUGUUGAAUUGUACAAUGAGAAAACUUUUCAAAUUGCAGUGUUGUACAACUACCAGGUCCAAAUUAAUUGUAAGGAAACCAGAAUAAAUUUGACAUCUCAUGGCGUUUACUGGUGAUCAA